AUGGCCUUCAAUCAAGUAACAGCAACGAAUCUGACGCCUUCUCGACCUGCACCCCAAGCACCUGUCCGAAGAGGAACGGAAGGUCCCAUAUUCCCCCAUAGUGCUCUCCAAAGUUCAGGCUACAACACAUCCUUUUCUUCUGGCUCGUCAUACUCGACUGAUUACACUGGGAUAGGCGGAUCGCCCAAUCGCAACUCCCAGGCAGCGUUCAACACCCAUGUCGUAAGAACUGGGAUGGUUAGCAUGAAGGAAGAGGGGUUUGCAAGUUUCAUCUUUCUCCGAAAAUGGCUCGUAUUGAAGGAACAAACGCUCUCCAUACACAAAACCGAGACGUCACCACAGCAAAGCGUUAUCCCUCUCAAGGAUAUCACGAAUAUCGAACGUGUCGAUCUCAAGCCUUAUUGUCUACUCCUUGAGACCAAGGACAAACGAUAUCAUCUCGCCCUCAAAAACGACGAAGAACUUUACGGAUGGCAAGAUGAUGUAUAUUCUCGCAGUCCAUUGAUGGGCUUCAGCAACCCGACCAACUUUGUGCACAAGGUCCACGUCGGAUUUGACCCUGUAUCAGGUGCUUUCACUGGCAUGCCCGAGCAAUGGAGCAAGCUUCUUACAAAGUCUGCAAUUACUCGUGAAGAUUACGCUAAAGACCCUCAAGCCGUCCUAGACGUCCUCGAAUUUUACACCGAUCACCAGAAGCGUGAGUUGGAAGAGAUGGGUAUGAACUCGAUAUCACGGUCCGUCUCCGGGACAUCUGCAGCUUCCACCCUUGCCAGCUCUACCAUAACAAGCAACACCCUUUCGCCAUAUGGUGUAGAUGCGCCAGCUCGAUUCGGCGGCACAGGUCUCGGCGGAUCUAAUCUUCCAAAGAUCACAUCCCCACUCGACACAGCCCGCAAGCGACAGGACUCCGCUCCAGCAGAAACGGGGACAAACGGGCUCUCUACAACUGCCCUCGCCGCUGCGCGCGUUGCUGAGCUCGUCAAUGGCUCACAUGCUCAGCACGCCAACACUAUUUCCACCGCCUCUCCCUCCGCACCUCCGCGACCCCCACUGCCUCAGAUAUUGCAAGCUUCAACCUCCUUGCAGCCUUCCCGACCUGCCCCUCCACGACCAUUGUUGGCAGCCACACGACCUGCACCUGCCGCUCCCAAACCCCCUGUACCAGAUCAUACACCCUCGACCGCAGACCUUCGUGCGCGAGCGCAAGCUCGUGAUCAAGUGGCCGGGAAACCUUCGCUGGACCAGGGCCCGAAGCGAAAGGAGAGUAUGGAUACUAUUGGACAACAAGAACGGGAGCGGAAGGAUAGGGAAUUGCGGGAAAGGGAAAGGGACCGUCAGCGGCGCGAAGAGCGUGAACGUGAACGCCAGCAAAUGAAGGAGCAACAGGCUGCGGCUGCCGUCGAGCGACCUCCCUUGGUACCUUCUAAAUCCUCCCCGGCUACUUCGGAACCUGCGACUGAGCCUGUGGCAGGCGCUGCCGCAGCUGUUGCUGGUCCUCCACCUGUAAAACCCCUGCAGACGAUGAAGAAGAAGGAACCGCCGACACCUGAUGUUACUAUCACUGCACCCGAGGGCGAAGAUCCAGGUGUUGCAGCCGCUGCAGAGGCUCUGCAGAAGAAAACCAAGGAAAAAGAGAAAGAGAAGCGGAUUAGUGCGAUGACCGAAGCGCAGAUCAUGGAGAAACUCCGGAGUGUCGUGUCUGACGAUGAUCCGAAGACCUUGUAUAGUAAGAUUAAGAAAGUCGGACAGGGCGCAUCUGGACAUGUGUAUGUCGCAAAAACGCUUGCCACGGGCAAGAAGGUUGCUAUCAAAGAAAUGGACCUCUCACACCAACCACGCAAGGAACUGAUUGUGAACGAAAUCCUCGUCAUGAAGGAAUCACAGCACCCCAACAUAGUCAACUUCCUCGAGUCGUACCUCGUGAAGAACAAUGAACUCUGGGUCGUCAUGGAAUACAUGGAGGGCGGUGCCCUUACAGAUAUCAUAGAGAACAAUACGCUGGAAGAAGAUCAAAUUUCGAGCAUAAGUUUGGAAACAUGCAAGGGCCUGUGUCAUUUACACAGCCAAUCUAUCAUUCACCGUGAUAUCAAAUCCGAUAAUGUCCUCCUCGAUGCGCAGGGCCGCGUUAAAAUUACCGACUUCGGUUUCUGUGCUAAACUCACUGAUCAGAAGUCCAAGCGUGCGACAAUGGUUGGUACUCCAUACUGGAUGGCACCGGAGGUCGUGAAGCAGAAGGAAUACGGUGCCAAAGUCGACAUCUGGUCACUCGGCAUCAUGGCGAUCGAGAUGAUUGAGAACGAACCUCCUUAUCUUGAUGAGGAGCCGUUAAAGGCACUGUACCUGAUUGCCACGAACGGGACGCCGACGCUCAAAAAGCCCGAAGCCCUCAGCAAGGAGUUGAAGAGCUUCCUGAGCGUGUGCUUAUGUGUCGAUGUCAAAAGUCGCGCCAAUUCAAGCGAGCUCCUACAGCACGAGUUCUUGAAGAAGGCUUGUGCGCCAUCCGGUCUUGCCCCUCUCCUGAGAUUCAAGACCAAACCAUCAUCAUGA